AUGGCAGCCAAUCGCGACAGACAGAGACAAGCGAAGCCAGGGAAGAGCCUGUUCGGCAGGAUUGAACCAAACCGCAUCGGAAGCAGGAAGAGGUCUAACAAAAAACAAGGUCUGAGUGUUGUCAAUGGACGGCUUGUGAGUAGUAAUGAUGUUGGCGUGCUACUGAGAGAAGCCAGCAGGACUGUUGAGGCAAGAAAGACGCCGGGUGGGCGCAGAAGAGCCGUCAAAGUUACCCAAGGAAGCACGAGGAAGAGAGCCAAACCGGGGCCAGUGAUAACGACGACCGAGAGGAACGGCAAUCGACACAAUAAACUGGUUAUCUCGACAAGUAGCGAUGUCACAGAUAAAUUGCUGCUUUUCAACAACUUAGAGUUGGGAGUCAACCAGGAGAGUCUGAAAAGCGUGUUGGAAGAACUUUCGAACACCAGCAUCGCUAGAGUCAGAGUGAGAGAUCUUCCUUCGGGCUCUGCAACGGCUAACGUCUGGUUAGCACGUCCAACUGCGGAAGAGCUGGAGAGGGUGAGAAAGUUUUUCGAUGGUGCUCUGGUCGAUGGAAGAACUAUCAAAGUUUCCACUGUCGCUGACAGCGAUACAAAGCUAUCGUAUUAG